AUCCAAAAGGGUUUGAAAGAAGGGCACCAUGAAGAUGUAUGUCAGCAUGAGCUAUGGUUUGGUGGUGUUAUUGCUUCUGAUAAUCUCCUUAUGGUGCAUCGAGGCCAAGAUGCAGCAACUAGAGGUUCAACAGCUCCUGAAGCGAUUGAAUAAACCUGCCGUCAAGAGUAUUAAGAGCCCAGACGGAGAUAUCAUAGACUGUGUCCGUAUCUAUGAUCAGCCAGCCUUUGAUCAUCCUUUGCUCAAAAAUCACACUAUCCAGAUGAGGCCAAGUUUUCCCCCAUCAGGCCUGCUUGAUGAGAAUGAGGAAAGUAGCUCCAUACCUCAGCUUUGGCAUCAAAAUGGGAGGUGCCCCGAGGACACCAUCCCUAUUAGGAGGACCAAGAAAGAUGAUGUGUUGAGAGCCAACUCUGUCGAAAGAUAUGGGAAGAAGAGCCCAGGGACAAUCCCAAAUCCCACUCCUUCAUAUUCGCAAGUGUUUCUCAAUGGACAUGAGUUUGCGAUUGUUUUUGCAAGGGGCGGUAAGUACUAUGGCGCAAAGGCAACCAUAAAUGUGUGGAACCCUACGCUGGAACAGACAUAUGAGUUCAGUAUGAGUGAGCUUUGGCUUAUUGCAGGUCAUACUGAACAACUCGAUGCUGUCGAAGUUGGUUGGCAUGUUAAUCCAGGUCUAUAUGGAGAUAAUAGAACAAGACUUUUUACUCUUUGGACUAAUGAUAGUUUCCGGUCAACAGGUUGCUACAAUCUAGACUGCUCUGGGUUCAUUCAAGUCAACAAGGACAUAGCUUUAGGUGCCGUCAUCAGCCCUAUUUCUAGCUAUGGUGGACCCCAAUAUGAAAUCACUUUAUUAAUCUGGAAGGAUCCGAAGUCGGGGAAUUGGUGGCUGCAGUAUGAGAAUCUAUCUCCAUUGGGCUACUGGCCUUCUUCUUUGUUCCGCUAUUUGUCAGACAGUGCCUCCUUGAUAGAAUGGGGAGGGGAGGCUUUGGACCUAAAAUCUAAUGGUGGGCACACCUCCACAAAGAUGGGCAGUGGCCAUUUCCCAGGAGAAGGUUUCGGCAAAGCAAGCUACUUCAGAGACAUUCAAAUAGCUGACCAAUCCAACCAUUUUCAAGCUCCUCAAGGAAUUAACAAUUUCAUCACAAGACCCUCCUGCUAUGAUGUGCGCCAUGCCGACAAAGGUUACAUCUACUAUGGGGGACCUGGUAGAAAUCCCAAUUGUCCAUAA